CUGCCCAAUGUAGCCCCGUGGAUAUCUCGCUGUCAUACUUGUAUUUUAACAGGUGAAUUAUCAAUAGGCUGGUCACAUUUACAAGUAACCUUUCACUGCGGGACCACAUCGAUUAAGACAUCGUGCAUAAUGACUGGUGACAACAGCCAGUUACCUGAGGGGAACCCAGCCCAGGAUGAGAGAAAUAAACCAGGAGGGCCACGUGACCUACUGUACUCAGUGGAUGAAAACCCACCGUGGUAUUUCUGUAUCGCUCUUGGACUACAGCAAUAUUUGACGGCGUUUGGGGGGAUCUUGACGGUGCCGUUGUUGUUGGCACCGUAUUUCUGUAUGGCGGACGAUCAUCUCAGCGUCAGUCAGCUGAUCUGCACCAUAUUCUUCGUGUCCGGAAUCUGCACCUUACUCCAGACUACUGUAGGAUGCAGGUUGCCGAUCGUCAAGGUGGGACGUUUUCCUUCCUUACCCCUACAAUCGCCAUUUUGUCUCUACCCAAGUGGUGCUGUCCAUUCACUGAUACAGAUUACUGUGGCCUUAACGGGACGUCUAUACCGAUCCCCGGGGGUGAUGAGCAAGCAUCGGCCACUGUGGCAGGCUAGAGUGCGGGAAAUUCAAGGGGCGAUAACCGUGUCAGCUUUGUUCCAAGUUGUGAUAGGAUUCAGCGGUUUUAUGGGCUUUAUCUUGCGGUUUAUUGGGCCGUUAGCGAUAACUCCUACCAUCAGUCUUAUCGGGCUGUCACUGUUCGCAUCUGCUUCUGAGCAAGCCUCACAGUUUUGGUGGGUCGCUGUCAUGACGAUAUUCUUUAUAGCCCUGUUUUCACAGUAUCUUCGCGAAUUAAAAUUUCCUUUACCUGUGUACAAGAGAGGAAAGGGAUUUAGAAUCGGUCGUUUCCCUUUGUUGCGAUUAUUUCCUGUUCUUCUCGGUAUGUGCCUGUCCUGGUUGGUGUGUUAUAUUCUGACGGUGUCUGGGGCCCUGACCUCUGACCCCGAUGGCUGGGGCUAUCAAGCCAGGACCGACUCCAGGAUAGUGGUGCUGAACAGCGCCCCCUGGUUCCGAUUUCCAUACCCAGGACAAUGGGGUACCCCAACAGUCAGUACAGCAGGAGUAUUUGCCAUGCUGGCAGGUGUCCUGGCAUCAAUGGUAGAGUCCGUGGGAGAUUACUACGCCUGUGCACGGUUAAGCGGCGCUCCUCCGCCACCUGAUCACGCCAUUAACAGAGGGAUCGGUAUUGAAGGUAUUGGCUGCAUACUUGCUGGUGUUUGGGGUUCAGGGAAUGGCACCACGUCGUACAGCGAGAAUAUUGGAGCUAUCGGCAUCACUAAGGUUGGCAGUCGUCGGGUUAUUCAGGCGGGUGGUGUGAUUAUGAUCGUGCUGGGAUGUUUGGGCAAAUUCGGGGCUCUCUUCGUAACUAUCCCAACUCCUGUUGUCGGUGGGAUGUUCAUGGUAACAUUUGGAAUGGUGGCAGCGGUGGGAUUGUCGAACCUUCAGUUCGUGGACCUGAACUCCUCUAGGAAUCUCUUUAUUCUCGGCUUUUCAACUUUUUUCGGCUUGAGUUUACCGGAGUGGAUUGAUAAACAUCCUGACGCUAUUCAAACAGGAAGCCAGGUAGCUGAUCAGAUCCUGACUGUCUUGUGCGGUACCAGUAUGUUUGUUGGUGGAUUCUUUGGUUUCCUGAUGGACAACACAAUUCCCGGUACUGAUGAGGAAAGAGGGAUUCUGAAAUGGCGCCAGAUUGUUCAUACGACCACGGAACAAGCCUCGGGUAAAAAUGCGGCGGACUACAGCACUUACGACUUUCCCCUCGUUCAAAAGUUCUUUAACAGAUGGAGCUGGAUGAGUUAUGUCCCCUUCUGUCCAACUUUCCAAGGAUUUCGCCGGUGUUCCGGAGAUCGUUUGAAGCCAUCAUCGGAUAACGAGGCACAAGGAACGGACAACUUUGGAUAUGGUAAUGAGGUUGAAGACUCAGAAAGUGUAGAGAAGCAGAUGACAAGGCUGUGAAUCUUAUCUCAUACAUCGGGGAUAUGGUGCUUAAUUCACUAUAUGUAGGACUGCUUGUAAAUAUUCCUCUCUCACUGUUGUUGUGCAACCCUGGUGACAAUAACCGGUGGACGACGGCUGUGGCUUUUUGCGUCAUCAGACGUUUGCUGAGGACUACAUGUUUUCCUCCAGUAUGAGGUGCACAUCUGAACGUCACAUAUAUAUGCUAAAGUUCGUCAGAGACUUGCCAAAAAUAGGUGGCUUGAUGACCCCGGUAGCUGGCUUUCCUCUACCCAUAUUACUGAUCAUCAUCGUUAUGGACAAUCAAAUAAAUGAUUAAAUGUAUAAAUCAAAACAGGGACGAAUCAAGGGGUGGAAACAUCAGCCGUCAACUAUAAUGCACUUUCUGGUUCAUAAAACACAGGACAAGUUUCACAACAACCUUCAACACUAACCCUCAAAGAAACUAGGACGGAUUCCUGCAAAGAUAAGCUGUGAAUCACAGAAACACAAGUUUAUAAUGCUGAGGGCAAGGCCCGACGAAUAUUAUAUGAUACUAAAUGAAAUCAGUUCCAAAUUUUGUAUCAUGUUAGCUCAUGCAAUAUGUAAUUUUGCCGAUAAAUGUCUAUGAAUUUUGAUGAAUGUCAGUGAACGUGAACUUUCUAAAUAUAUGUUUUGUUUACGUGGUCUAAAUUAUUGUUUUAUUAUUCGUAUAGAGUGUAUUGACUAUAGGUUUACAAAUGGUCAGUUCUUUCCGGAAUCGGCUUUCUGGGGUUUUUUUUUCUAAAAAGUUCAUCGUGCCGAAGAGAAUAUUGGUAAAGGCUUGACCAUGACUUUAGGUUUAGAAACGGUCUAUUAGUCCGUUAAGUAUGAGUUUUCCGGACUUUAUUUAAAAAAAGGUGCAUCAUUAUGAAACUUGGUAAUCACGUGACCACGACAACUUUCUUGACUACUUCCUGUUUCAUUCAUUCGCGAAAAAAUAUGGCCGUUCUUGAUUCGUGUUGGACAUCGACAGUUUUGCGAACUUUUGUAAAACAAAACAGUUUAUCCGUAUUGAAAGUAAACAUAGUAUAAAGCUUUACCUUGAAGAGUUCAAGGUCAAGUUCGAGUUUCGGAUCAUUUCGUUAAAUUUUAACAAAAUUAUGGCCAUUCUGGCCAAGUUGUUGUCUGUAAGUUUUCCGGGCUUUCUUCAAAUAUGGUUUGUCGUAUAAAUGUAGAACGGAAACUUGAAUAGUGGGCUCAUCGUUAACACGUUAACAUAUCGAGUUCGUUUCGUUCAUUUUCAUCAAAAUUGUGGCCGUUAGAUUUUCUUUCAAAAUUCUUACACAAUUUUUACAAUCUGGUAAAAUUCGCAUACAGCUUCAUCAUUGAAAACUUUGUCAUGGCUACAAUUCUGACGGCUCAAUCCGUAAGGGGACAGGUUUUGCGAAAUUAAUACUACCAGAAUGUUUGGUAUUGUGUAAGAAGCAAGCAUUCGCCUCUCCAGAGAGCGCGUGGGGACUGUCAGUGUACAAUAUUGUAACCAUGCCAAGCAUCGUUUAUCUGUUCUUAUGUUAUUACACGUUAAUUUGUCGUUGCCCUCGGGGGAGUACUAAAAUAUGCACGUCACAGCUCGUUGGUUAACAAAGGCAAUUAGCUCAGACAAAAUUCAGUGUAGAUAUACAUUGCAUGCUCCAUGUCAUGAAAAAACUUAUACAUGUUUCAAUUUAUCUGUUCAGAAAAUAAAAAGAAAAACGCUUAAAAAGUUUUAGUGAAAAUUCAUAGCGGUACAUGUAUGAAUCAGAAAGAAACAUAACACUGAAAAUGAAAGCGUUUUCUUUCCUUACGUCUAUACGGUCUCUUUUUAUUUCGGUUUUCCACAUUUGAACGCUUGUUUACGGUAAGUACUCUGGGUAAGUCUCCAUGAUGCCCCUACCACCCACCAAUCAACCCAAUAUCCCCCCCCCCCCCCCCCAGGUUUAGUGUAUAAACCUUUUUUCGCCUGAGUGUACACAAAUGCUAUAUUUUGACUUACCACUGAUUAAUUUACAACUCUGAUAAAAAUUUGUUUCUCCAUGCAGAAUUAAGAUCCUAAUAAAAUAUGUACAGCCUGCAGGGCUGUUUGGUUAAUGGGGUACGCCGACGUCAUCAGACUGAGGCGCUACAUCCGGUGACAGUGUCCUGGAACCAGGCCG